AUGCAGAAAGCACAGUCUGCAGUGGAUUUUACGAAUCUACUCAACCCAAAAGGAGAUUCAGCUUCCAACAAGGAAGUCGUCAACACCACGACGACCACCACCACGCCUACUACAGCGAAACCAGCCGAAGCCUCGGCUGAGCAGCAAGACGUCGAGAUGACUACCGCUGCCGUUACCAACAUCAGGCCCAACGGCCCUCUGCCGUCUGGCCAGCCUGCCCAGGAGACGACCAAUGAGCUCCCCCGGCCCUACAAGUGCCCUCUCUGCGACAAGGCCUUCCAUCGCCUCGAGCACCAGACCAGGCACAUCCGGACUCACACCGGAGAGAAGCCCCAUGCUUGCCAGUUCCCUGGCUGCAGCAAGAAGUUCUCGCGCUCCGACGAGCUGACCCGCCACUCGAGGAUACACAACAACCCCAAUGGCAGGAGAUCCAACAAGGGCCAGAUGCCUCCUACGCACAUUCAGUCCUACCACAGCGACAGCCUCAUGGCUCCGCCCCCGCCUGUGCCCAAGUCCAUCCGCAGCGCCCCGCCCUCUGCUCUUGGCUCGCCCAACGUCUCUCCGCCUCACUCCUACUCGGCCUACAGCACGCCUUCGGGCCUGGGCGCGUAUCGCAGCAAUGCCGGCAGCCCCAACGGCCAGGGCAUGGACAUCAACAUGCUCGCCAAGGCUGCUCACCAGCUCGAGACGCUGAACUUCCCCCCUCUGGGCAACCACCACCACCACCACCACUCUAGGGAGUCCCGGCACCAUCCGUACCACUCGCACCACUCCUCGCGGAGCCACCUGCCGUCGCUCUCUGCCUACCACAUGUCGAGAAGCCACUCCAACGACGAGCACCACGAUGAUCACUACUCUCACUCCUACAGGCACGCCAAGAAGUCGCGGCCCAACUCCCCCAACUCUACCGCCCCUUCUUCUCCCACAUUCUCGCACGACUCGCUUUCGCCCACUCCUGACCACACCCCGCUGGCUACGCCUGCUCACUCUCCUCGCCUGAGACCUUUCUCGAGCACCUAUGAGCUGCCUCCUUUCCGCAACCUGUCGCUGGGACAGCACACUACUCCUGCUCUGGCGCCUCUCGAGCCGCAGCCUGAGGCUCCCUUCGCUCAGAAUGUCGCUGCCAACCCCGUGAGGAGUAGCGGCGGUAUGUCCCUGGCGGACAUUCUGAGCAGGCCUGACGGCACGCAGAGGAAGCUCCCCGUCCCCCAGGUUCCCAAGGUUGCUGUGCAUGAUCUCCUCGGCCCCAGCGCCGACGGAUUCAACCUGAGCGGCCGGAGUAGCUCGUCCAACAGCAUCGCCGGCGGCGACCUCAUGGAGAGGAUCUAG